UUGGGUGGUCAGUUCGCGGGUGCAUCGAGUCAGUCAGCAGUGACGGGAGUGCAUGAAGAAAGGAUUCACAUGUGUGCAUUGGUAGUAGUGUUGGCACUGCUCUGAUGAUUAUUGUUGAUGUUGGGAGGCAUUUUGAUGUGCUGCUACUCUGCUUAGCUUGCUGAUGACUACAUACUGAUGCUGCGUGCAUCCCGAAGGCGACCAAAGGCAGCAGUCGUCGGAGGAGUGUCAAGUGUUCUGAGAGAAAGGACUAGAUAUAGCUGGUGUGGCGAAUAAGUGUAUGCACUUUCUGUUUUCCCUUGUUGAUUCUGUAUUCCACCGAUUUUUCGGAUAAGUGAUAAUUGCCGUUUUAGUACUAGUUUUCGGUUCCGAUUAUCAUCCUGAGUUGCAGAAGUUGACGUGUGGAAAAACUGAUGAAUAUCGGUGGCUGCAAUUCGUCUGUGUACUGUGUUUUGACGGGAGUCUAGCAUUCAGCACGGGAUAGUGAAAAUUGCAUUCGUCAAACGACUCAGACCUAAAAUUAGUUUUCUUCCGUUUCCGCGAUUCGACUCCAGCCAGCUAAGAAUAAGACGAAAACCUGACCAUCACAAUUGGUGAAGUCACGUCUGCUGAAGAAUAGUAUUUUGGAAGUACGGUUUAGCGCCACCACAAAAAAGUGCAUGAUAUUGAAAAAUCGAUAAAAUUUUAUUGCACCUAUAACGCGCUGCACAUACACAGUUUGCUCGUUAGGAACUCAAGAAAACAGUUGGUUAGCCGAGAAUUUUAGUACUAAGCAAAUUUCAAGCUAUCGUGUGAACAAAGCACAAAAAGAAUUACUUUGUGCCGGCUAAACAGCAGAUAGGAAAAAUCCAAUUGGAACCAGUAACUAUGCUCAAGUAUCUAACGCACAAACUUCGCACACAAUCAAUCAACGAUGAAAACUCAGUCAAUGAAAAGAUUGACGGUCACGAUUCGGGCACGGAGUCCGAUGGAGACUUGGAUCAGGAGGAUGAUUUGAUUCAGGAACACGACAUGGAGCUGAGCUUGAGUUCCCGUCAGGACACAGCUUCACCAACCGACACGGCAUGUUCGUCGGAGUCACCGGCAUUUUUGGGCCCAGCAUCACAUUUACUGCUGUAUGAUCAGAACAGCUCCGAGGAGGAACUGGAAGUGAUCAACGGCGGUGUGCUGGAGGUGGGCAGCGAAACCGAUGGUGACGGUGGUGGUGACGGAGGUGGAGGUGGGGCAGACUGCGCCAGCGGUAUCAGCGCCGGCAGCAGUGAAAGUGUAAAUCAACUCGGAAGCAUUUCGAGGAUCACCAGCCGGCAGCAGCGGCUCGCAGUGGAAACAGAUGGCAGCGACGGGGUCGACGAUUGCACCGAUGAGCUUUACUUGACGUCGACAUCACCGACGGCCGGACUGCUGAGGCCCUUAGCGGUUACACCGACCCAGCUGGGGGCAGUCAUGUCCAAGCGGUGUAGUUCAAAUAAUUUGCUCGAGAAGCGCAAACGGUCACUAGCGCACAGCUCGGAUGAUGAGGUACGCCAUCUGUUAGAGCAUCAGCACCAGCAGCAGCAUCACCAUCAGCACCACCAUCACCAGCAGCCGCUGAUGUCGGCACCGGUGAACUUUCGCACAUCACCACCACUAGAAGCUUUAAAACCACACCGUGGCCAUAUUAUCCAGCGCUCGACCACGCCACUCAUCCUGACGGACACCGGUCGUGGCCUGGAGCACAUUAGAAUAUCAUCGUCCUCGUCGAUCUCGUCGACGACGUCUUCACUUUCGUCCCUGGGCGGGGCUGCUGGUGGGUCAACUAUCUACGGUGGAGGCGUCGGAGGCAUACCCCCCUGUGAUAGUCCGGCGACCGUCAACUACAGUACUGGCCAUCAACAACAGCAUCAUAAUAAUCAUCAUCAUCAUCAACAUCAUCAACAUCAACCAGCGCAGAAUAGUAAUAAUCUAGCACUGUUAAGUACAACAAAUGCUUCCACGGCUACCGGUAGUAAUGGCAGCGGUGCCACUACCGUCGUGUCCGCGGCUGGCACAUUAGGAAUGGCCUUCGGUCAGGGCCAGGAAGCGCCCGGCGGAGCGAUGGGUGGCACCGCGGUAGCGAGCAACAACAUGGAAAUUAGCCGAUCUGUUAGUCCUCCAGCGAAAGUGUUUCAUUGUGCGGUUUCCCCGCGGCGAAGACAGCCGCGCCACCAGCAGCAGCGACUUCAGCGGCCCCACAGGCCAUGUUUAGAUUUCGACAAGAUGCAGCAAUUAAAGGCCCGGUCGGUGACCACGUGGAGACACAGUAACGAGCAUUCAGGUGAACUGUCCGUAUUCUGUUGGUGAUGAUGAGCUGCCAGUGGCGAACGGCGGUGGUUGUCCAAAAACGGCGGUAACAACGACGCGGACACUAGCAGCGUCCGUCCACGAAUGACCCUGCUGCAGCCGGCGGAUGUGGACUGCCUAGGCGACCGCUAUCGCCCGGACUGCUUCCUUCGAAAACUUUCUUUGCUUGUUACUGUAUUGUUGCCCAUGCAGUUUUCCUCGGUCAGUUCGCGUAAUUUGAUGAAAUUAGGAUGUUCUACCAGAAGGGUUCGGGAAGGGUGGAGAUUAUGUUUAACAUCAGAGGCCCUGUAUCAGUGCGAUAUUAUAUGAGAAGAAGAGAAGAAAUGCAAAAGUUUAGUAUAAAUGCUACUCACGGCACUAGAUACAAUUCAGUGCAUCCUUGAGCUUGAUUUAUUUAACAAAUACCUUGAAAAAGAAGACGAUUAAGCAAAUCUCACUGAACGAAUUUUGCUAGCGAAUAGAGAAGUCGAAAAGAAAGGAAAAUGCAUUUUUGUGAAUGAAAGCUGGAUUUUGUUAUUGGUAUAUAAGAAUUUACAAGCGUUUUAUUCAUAUCUUUAUUAUAUUACCCUAUUAAAAAAUACAUACCUUUCAAAGCGAUUUUGUGAUUUUAAUAUUUAGUAGCGUUUUUUUAAGUUUAAUCUUUGCGUCUUAAUAGGAACCAGCAAUUUACGAUAGAAUUACUAAAAAAAAACAACCUUCAGAACUUACGAAGGACAGCAAAUAGAGAAUGUUGCAAUUUGAAUUGUGGAUGUUAUGUAUGCAUUAUUAUAGACAGAUAAACGUGGCCGGCCGUCGUGUGUGUUUAUUUGUUCCGUACUGCUAAGUACAUAAAUGCUAAACCGUGAGAUUCUAGGAGAAAUAACAAUUUACAGUAACUCAGAAACUGGUAGCCAUUUUCUCAAGUACAACUUACCAAGCUCGAUUGCUCGCCCGAUUAGUGCAAGGCGGUAUACUUUCAAAAGCAACGAUACGUACUGAAUACGAGGCCUAGAGGUGUUUGAAGUUGUUUGAAAACCUGACCACAAAAACUUGAUUUAGGGCAGGAACACGCCGCUUGUUCUCGGACAUGAUAGUUGCGUUAUAUCGGUGAUAUUGAUAUUUAACUUGUCGCAGAUUUAAGGUGGUAAAGUGUGAUCUGGCGCAUCUAGUGAUAGUUUUAUGGAAUAAAAUCAGAAUUUUUUUUAGUAUCUGUUUAUAAACAAUUUAUAACCUAUUUGCACACCAUUUUUUGAACUAUAUUAAUAUUAAUGUUAUUUCUGAAAAAACUAAGUGUUAAUUGGAUUGUUUUUAUUGAAAAUUCGAAGUAUCAUUGUCCACCAAAAUUCAAAAUAAUUAAUCAAAGUUAUAACCACUGUUUCAUACGAAAAUGCUGCCAGAGAACGCUUCAUUUUUUUUAGGAAAGGUCAUAAUUUUCCGAAUAAAAAAGUCCAAAACCGAGAUGGACAUUGGUUGAGCAAUACACGGACAUGAUUGGUAGAGCUAAAUUCUGCCACUGUUAAACAAGAAGCAUAUAUUCAAUAAUCAACAAAAAGAUACUGCCGCAAUAUCAGCUUUGUCAGAUACGACAUCUACAAAGAAGAAAUAUUUCUCAUCUGGUAAAUGCUCAACGCCUGCCACUCGUAAGUCGACAGAUAUUAGGGGUCUUCACAUCGAGCUCGUAUACGAAUAAGCAGCCGUAAACUGUGUAUCUUCCAUUACUCGUCAAUGGAGGUGAGUAUUUAUACGGCUGGGUAUUUGUUUACGAGCUCGACAUGAAUACCCAUAUUAUUUCUUUCACAAUUACGUCCACACUUCGGAAACUUUAUCAAUGACAGAAGCAUUUCACCCCAAUGAAGUCUGCAGAUAACAAUAUAAAAAAAAAAAAUAAACAACAACAACAACGCGAAAAUAGUAAAAAACACAUUCAAAUAGUAUCUACUCGAUUUAACUUCGAAAACAAAUAUCAGAGAUUUUAAAUAUCUGAAUGAGAAAAUAGCGCGUAGCCGGCAAACAAUACAUAAUUAUAAUUAGACUAUAUUUUACCGAAUCCAAACGCAAAACGUAGCAUAUUAAAAAAAUACAAUUAUUGUCGAUUGAACAAACUGCACGAACCCAGUGAACUUCAGUCAACUAUUUAGAGUAAAUCGAAUCCAAUUUUGAUUGAUGUAGCAGCAUAACUAGAAACCGUACAAGACGCCAUUACGAACCAUUCGGUUAUUCAAACAAUCGGACGAUACUAGGUGUAGGCGAAUGCAGUUGAAUAUCUCAGAAAUUCGAUCGUUUUUUUUUUUGAUGGCUUUUAAAAUUUGUGAUUUGAUUCGAAUCAUGCGGUUGUACACGAUUCGCAUCCCUCCUUCAGUCCGUUAUUUCAAAGGGUCGUAUGCUAGGGUAGGACCUCCACUGUCCGCCCUCCCAGACAAAACUUUGAGGGGCUGUGAUAUUAUUUGAGAACGGAUUGAGGGAACCCUGUGAUUAUACUUUCAUAUUGCUUACCAUCAUGCUUCUUCUCCACAACCCUGCCGCAGAUUCACCAGAAUAUGAUGGUAUGUGAAAAAGAGAGAAAGAUUGUGUUGCAUUUGACUUAAGUAUGCCAAGAAGUGGAAGAUGUAAUAAAAGACUAACUGUUUUUUAAACACCUAAGAAUCGAUCACUAGUCGAACGACGAAAGCAUGUAUAUUUUUCACCAAUCAUGAUUUUUAUCGUGAAGUAACAAACAACAGUUUCGAUACUCAUUAAAACGCAUCAACAGUGGACGAUCAUAUCGAACACGAAACAAAAAUUUGAGGAAAAAGAGAAAAGAUACAUUGAACAAGCAAAUUAUGAUUGCUUGUAGUAUUGAAUGCUGAUAAAUACGAAACAAACUAUAUAUAUUGUAUUAGUAGAAACCCCGAAUAAAUGAUAAAAAAAACACACAACAAAACAAAACAUUUUCAAUAAAACUACUCAUUCCGACUCAAUUUGCGGAUGAAUGAACCGAAUCGAGACUAAAAUUUAGACUCGCGCAAAUACACAUAAACAAAACAAGUACAUAUAAAUUUGUAGAUGUUGUCUCAGUAAGAAUUAGGUAAUCAUUAUUGGAAGACGAAGCAGAAUAAAUCUUUAAUAAACAUUAUACACACGGAUUGUAAAACCAUUAAAUGGUGAAUUGAUGGAUCUUACAGUAGUGCAAGUGAAGUUGGCUAUCGAAGAAACAAGAACUGCGUGUCAGCAGGAAAAAAUUAUUGGAAGAGAAAAAAGAGAGAAAGAGAUCAGAUGAAACAACCAUUUAAACGAGCAUAGCGAUGAUAAGUAACCUUUUUUCUUUAAUUAUGUUGUAUUAUUAAUUAGAUACAAAACAAAAACAAAUUAUAAAGGAUUAAUCCAAGUGAAAAAUAAAAAACGAUGCCACAAA